AUGGCAGAGAAUGGAAAAGAAACAAGGUCAUUGGCCUUGACUCCUACCUGGUCUGUUGCCACUGUGUUGACCAUCUUUGUUGCUGUUUCUUUGCUCGUUGAGCGCUCGAUUAACCGAUUAAGCAAUUGGCUGCGGAAAACUAAUAGAAAACCUUUGCUUGAAGCUUUGGAGAAGAUGAAAGAAGAGUUGAUGUUGCUCGGAUUUAUAUCUCUCCUACUUACUGCUACCUCUGGCAUGAUAGCCAAUAUUUGCAUUCCAUCAAAGUUCUAUAAUAGUGCUUUUGCUCCAUGCACUAGAUCUGAGAUUGAUAAAGAAAUUGAAGAGAAUGGAUCCGAAGGACGUAAAUUAUUGACAGCAUUUUCUUACCCUCGCUUAAUUAGAAGGAUGUUGAAUGGAAUCAACAGAAGCUCCUGCAAAGAGGGUUAUGAACCGUUUGUUUCGUAUGAAGGUCUAGAGCAGUUGCAUCGGUUCAUUUUUGUCAUGGCGAUAACACAUGUAUCAUACAGUUGCCUAACAAUGCUGUUGGCCAUUGUGAAGAUUCACAGCUGGAGAGUAUGGGAGGAUGAGGCUCUCAUGGAUAGGCGCAAUUAUCUAGCUGAUAUUACUAGGCAGCUGACUAUGCGAAGGCAAUCAACCUUUGUAAAGACUCAUACAUCAAACCCGUUAGCUAUAUGGAUGACAUGCUUUUAUCGACAAUUUGGGCGAUCUGUGGUUCGUGCUGACUACCUUACCCUUCGCAAAGGCUUCAUCAUGAAUCACAACCUUUCAUCAAAAUAUGAUUUCCACAGCUACAUGGUUCGAUCUAUGGAAGAAGAAUUCCAAAAGAUAGUUGGUGUGAGUGGCCCACUUUGGGGAUUCGUUGUCGGUUUCAUGCUUUUCAACAUUAAAGGAUCUAAUCUAUAUUUCUGGAUAGCUAUCAUUCCUAUAUCUCUUGUUCUCUUGGUGGGAACAAAGCUGCAGCAAGUUAUUGCAACGUUAGCGCUGGAGAAUGCUGGAAUUGCUGGUUUCUUCUCGGAAGCUAAGUUGAGGCCUCGCGAUGAACUUUUCUGGUUUAAAAAGCCUGAACUAUUACUUUCCUUAAUCCAUUUCAUUCUCUUCCAGAACGCAUUUGAAUUGGCCUCAUUCUUUUGGUUCUGGUGGCAGUUUGGAUAUAACUCCUGCUUUAUUAGGAACCACCUCCUUGUUUAUUUAAGGCUAAUCUUGGGAUUUGCCGGACAGUUUCUUUGCAGCUACAGCACCUUGCCACUUUACGCACUUGUUACACAGAUGGGAACAAAUUAUAAGGCAGCAUUAAUUCCACAGAGAAUAAGGGAAACCAUUCAUGGGUGGGGUAAAGCAGCAAGGAAGAAGAGAAGACAUGGUAUGUUCCCUGAUGACUCCACCGUUCAUACGGACACAAGCACUGUAUUGUCUAUUGAAGAAGACGAUCAUCGAAUAAUCGACGAUUCCCUUCAAGACAUUGCCACUGGCACUGAAGUAGAAUUACAACCGGUAACAGCUGUUACGACCACCCCUUCCCCUAUUGCUAACGAAACUUCAAGUAGGGCUGUUACGCCCCUCCUUCGACCCUCAGCUUCAGUAUCUUCAUCAGUACCAUUCAGUGCUAGACAAGAACCUGUUUCAAGAUCCUCCUCUAUGCCAAAUGGAAGAUAA